AAUCUCAACUAACACAAUUGAGCGAAAAUACUAAGCGAACGGUUAGAUAGCGCGGAGAUUUGAACAAAAAUUAAACAUUUUAAGCACACACAAAUAUUGCAAAACCAAAAACAACAAUUUAAUAUUAAGCGCAAAAAAACAAGAGAAAAAAACAAAUAAAUAAAAGAAGAGGGCAACGAAAAUGAAAUGAUAAUAAAAACCUAAAAAAACACAAAAGCAAAAUAAAUAAAAAAAAAAUUAUCUCAUACCAAAAAUUUUAACAACAACAAAAGAAACAGAAAAUCACACAAAAGAAAGGCGCAUGCGCGGCUGAUUUUGCAGAUAAUUUGACAAAUAAAAACACAAUUGCUGCCAACUGACAAAGUUCCAGGGGUUUCAGUAACUCAAUUGAAAGAUAUUUUUUUUUUAAUUUCUAGCAAAAGAACAUGACUUAAAAGUUGAUGAAACAAAAACAUAAUAAACCAACGAAAUUGUAUUAAUUUAAUCAAAAAACUUAGUCAUAGAAAUCGAAUUUCCCGCCGCUGCUGACACCAUAAAAAAAAAGAAAAUUUCUUGAAAAAAAGAAAACCCCACCAGCAAGAACAUGAUAAAUUAACUGGAAAAAAAGAUCAUAAAUAAAAGUGAAGCUGUCAAACACGUCAAAAAAAAUCCACAAACAAACAAACACUCGAAGUCAGUUAUCAGUGCGCAUGCGUCUGGUCGGCCAUGCUAAUUUAAUGAUUGCAUGUGUUAUUAGACUACACUGUCUCCCCAGCACCGUCCUUGACGGUAGAAAAUGCUAAUGCUACUGCAGCUCCCCACAACGACAGUGGAGAUGACGACGACCGUGCCUGCACUUUCAGCCAUUGGUGAAUGUAAUGCAUGAAGAGAGCCCAUCAGACAGACAGACAAACAGACAACAAUGCAUAAAGUUUCCUACAUUAGCUCACCUGUCUAUUGAACAUCGUACAUUGUCUGCUCAGAAUUCCCACUGUGUGAUCUCAUAAGCAAAUGUAGUAGACACCAAGAAAAAAAAACAACCAAUCAUCUUUUACAACAACAACAACAUCAAUUCACUAUCACCAGACAACGGCAAUGUGUAGAUUGUUGUGGUUCUGUUGUUCUUCAUACGCCAAGCGAUAUAUGUCCACCUCCCCCGCCCCUUUGCCUGUCAUUACCACUGCGGCCCAGAACACCCAACAACACCAUCAUUAUUAUCAGUCUCGUCUGAAAGUCUAGGAAAAUCUCGUUUUUGUUUUCUUUUUCUAUGAAAACUGGUCGAUCUGUUGUUCUUUUUUAUGCUCAUUGAGUUUCCUGUACAAAAGAAAACGAAUUGCUUAGGCGCAGGCGCACAUUCACUUACUUGCACACAAGAGACACAAACAACGAUAAUCUAGUGCAAUAUCCACUACGUCUACAAGAAAAGAAGAACUCCUCAUACAAUAAGAGAGCAUCUUUGGUAUUGAGGUCCAUUACCAGAUAUUUGAAAUUCCCUUUUUUGUUUGAAUGGAAAACGGCGAGAAAAUGUUCUCUUUUACAGCAGCUACUUCGAAUUCUUCUCAAAAGAUGCCGCAGACAGACUGUUCAGUAACGACGUCCCAAGCCAUAACCAAUGCAUCGGUAGCCAUAGCUAAUAAUUUCUUUAAAUUUGACCAACAAAAUUUCUCAGCUGCAGCAGCAGAAGCAACAACAAACGAUCCCUAUGCCACAUACACUGAUAACUUUGAUCUAUCUCUACUACCUCAAGAUUGUGCUGUCGCAGCCACAAACAAAACAUCUUCCUUAUCUACACCAAUAACGGCAGCUCACUCAUCGACAAAUCUCAUCGAGAAUAUACCCACGACAGUUUUUAAUUUCGAGAAAACAACGACAGAACCGAAGCCACAACUGCUCGCAGUGCCCGAUAUUAAAAUCGAGCAGACGUGGUCUUCAUGUCCCUCCCUGAACACCAUAAAACAGGAACAAGCCUAUCAAAGUUACUUCCCCUUGAAUAGCCAACAAAAUCAAUUGAUUCCUCCGCCACCUGCUUAUCCCGCGCAUAUCUAUCCCUCGCCACAAUCUAGCCCAGCCCAGUCCGAGUACGGGUUUCCACAACGACAGUUUUCCGGCUGUUACGAGUCGUUGAGUUCUUCGCAUAACUCCCUGUAUGGAACCGCCUCCUCACCCUGCCCAUCGAUCGAUGUACAAACCAUAAAGCAAGAACAAAUACACAUUCUACCCCCCUCCCCGCCCGAGUCCAGCUGUGAUACACCCACACCACAAUCAGCGUGUAGUAGUGGCAGUAGCAGCGGUUUUGACUUCAAAUCGGAACCUUUCGAUUCCGAUGUAGAAACGUUCAGUGAUUUGAAGAUUACACCAAAUAAAGACACAGUGCCAUCCUACAACCAAUCUUCAGCCGAUAGCCAAAACUCUCAGUCCCACCAGGAUCACCAGGUACUACGUGAAUAUCUGGAAGAUACUAGCUUCCAAAAAAGACAUAAUUUGAAACCAUUGGCUCUGGAUUCGUUUAUCGGUGGACUUGAUGAGGUUCGUGAUAACAUCGAGCCGGUUAUAUCAUUAGCUUUGGAACAUGCCAAACGUGAGGCUGAUGCAACCUGCGCUAGGUUACAGAUAUCACAGGAUCCCUCCGAUUGGUCACCAAAACAGGUACACGCAUGGCUACGAUCCACCAUUCAACAGUUUGAUUUACCACUUAUUGAUAACUUGGAAAACAAGUUUAAUGAGAGUGGCGCCGCUUUGUUGCAAUUAACAGAAGAGGAAUUUGCACAGAGAAUACCAGAGGGUGGUGGUAUACUGCACGCUCAAUUAGAGAUUUGGAAAUUGACUCACUCAGAUGAUUAUCGCAUAAACUCGAGUAAUAACUACAUGCAACAGCAGAUGUGGCCGCAAUCCGCAAUGGCAACACAAUACAGUCAAGAAAUGGAAGAAGACACAGAAGACGAAGAAGAUUUUCUUCCGACUUUAAAUAACACAUCCGCUAAUAAUGCUACCGCUAACACUAAUGGCCACUAUUCUAACUGCGAUGGUGCUGUUGUUGUAAAUGGAGCAAGCCAGGCGCCAACACCUGUCAAGAGAGUUGGGGCACGUAACGGAGGAUCUCAUAUACAUUUGUGGCAAUUCCUAAAGGAACUUUUGUCAGCACCCCAUAUAAAUGGUACCGCCAUACGUUGGAUCGAUCGCAACAAAGGUAUCUUUAAAAUCGAAGAUUCCGUCAGGGUGGCCAAGUUGUGGGGCAAACGCAAAAACCGCCCCGCCAUGAAUUACGAUAAGCUAUCACGCUCCAUUCGGCAAUACUACAAGAAGGGAAUAAUGAAGAAAACUGAAAGAUCCCAACGAUUGGUAUAUCAGUUCUGUCAGCCUUAUCAUAUGUAAACAAAGGACAUGUGGGUGAUUAUAUACAUAUAAUGAAAACAAAAACCGAAAGAAACUAAUUUAUUUAUUUAUUUAUUUGGAUAGCUUUAAGUUAUUUAUUUAUUUAUUUCAAAUAUUUGUUUAUAUAAAAUAUUUAUUUAUUUAUUUAUUUAUGCAUAACUUAUUUAUUGAAUCUUUAAUUUAUUUAUUUAUUUCAAUUGCAUAAAUUAAUUGAUGUGCGAAUAUUAAAGUUAUGAUUGUCUAUUUAUUUAUUUAUUGUUUACAACUUAAGCAUACACAAAAUCAAUUCAAGGGAUACUAGGGUUCCCACCUGCUUUUUCUUUUUUAUUUACAUAUAUUUUGAACAUUAUUUUCGUUUCGAUCGCAGUUUGUUUUAAGUCACAAAAUGCUACAGGCAAGACAUUUAGUACUAAUGUAUCUUCAGUUAAAACACAUCGAACAUUUAUCUAUCUACCGUUCAUAGCAAAAUUCAAAUGUGGAAAACACUAUUCAACUAGAAUAACAAAAUUAAACGUCAAAAAUCAGCUUUAUCAUAUAAAAACCAGUUGUCAUGAAGUUGAUUCCAUAACGUAUACCACAAUGCCAGAUCACAACUGUGUUCUAAGAUAUUCUAAACUUGUAAACUAUAUUGCUCAAAUCAAUAGCAAAUUCGAUAUAACCAUGCCCAUACGUUCGCUUGCCAGUCUGUCCAUAUGUUCAUUUAAUCAAGGUUCAAGUCGUAUUUGUUAACCAAACGUAGAAAUUUUUAGCAUGCAUCACCUAUCUCCAUUCAAAUUAAUGUACCUUCAAUAUAUGUUUUACUCGAUUUUAUAUUUUACCGGCGAAAUAAUCUAAAAAAUAUCUGUUCUACUGAUCUAUACCACCAUUACUAAAAAUUGCUUAUUUUCUGCUAAUCAUCCCUCGACCUGAUUGCCAUUCUUUGGACUCUGCGAUAACAUGAUACUUCUUCUAUUUAUUAGCAUGUUCUCCAAUCUGAAAAUGUGACUCAGAAAUAAGCGAAGUCGCCAUACAAAAUUCGGUAUGUCCUAUUAGUUUUCGUCAAAUAACUUUGAAAACCUUAGGGAAAAUCUUCAGGAAAAUUUUGCUUCUACUGACAUAUCUUUGAAGAUUGAUAAAUCCCAAACUGGCCGCAAUAUAUAUUCUUGUAAGUAAAUUAUUAAUAAACUUCCUCGCGGAAAUUUCGGAAACCUCGCCUAAGUUAAACUGUUCCCUCUUAAUAAUUGAAGGCCUUCUAUGCAGGCGACAAGGUCAUGAAGGCAGUUUCAUAAAAAGUGUCAAACUAACGUAGCGAAAAUUGUUUGUUCCUCUUCGAAGCCUUUUAAAAAAACACUCCGUUCAACAGGUAUGGGAACAGAGGAUAUCUUCUUAAGCCAAAUAGCUAUUGGAUCAGCAUGUAAUUCCACUGGUAACACAUUAUCGGGGCUUGUUAUUUUAAAUAGGUCAAAACGCCCAAAGAAUUCUUUACUCAGUAACAAUUAACUCGAACAUACCCAAUGAAUUCAUUUGAGCAUCAUACUCUUCCGGCCCUAUGUUGUCCAAAGCAGAGCUCCGCGGGAAAUAUGUAUCUAGGAGUAGUUCAAGUUUUAAGCGACAUUGUCAUUGACAUUGUCCUGCAAUAGACCAGUUAUGGAGUUCGGAAUGUCUGAUAAGGUCAAAUACUUAGGAGUGAAACUGAAUGGGAAGUGUCAGAAGACUAUCUACAUCGGAAAAUACUAAGAAAAAAUUAGUCGUGCGAAAGCGAGUAGAGAUAACACUUUUAAAUUUGGAAUGGUUAGAGCUGAGUCGCUGUUAGCGAGAUCGUGUGCAAGGCCUUUCAAGGUCCUGGGUUGUAAGGGCGCCUUUUGGCAUGCCCCUAAUGUUGGUCAUCUCGGUACUUCUAAAAUUUAUUGGGGCUUGUGGUUCGAUUUCCAAUUUUUCAAAUAUAUGAAAAAGGCGUAUUUUGUGCAAUCUUUGGUCAAAAAAAGUAUUUUAGUUGAUUAGUCUUUAUUGAAAAAACUUGUUUAAACAGUAACAUUUUUAUACCCUCCACCAUAGGAUGGGGGUAUACUGUAAUUUUAAGCAUGUCAUUUUAAGUCGACCUAGCCAUGUCCGUCCGUCCGCCCGUCUGUCUGUCGAAAACACACUAACUUUCGAAGGAGUUAAGCUAGCCGCUUGAAAUUUUGCACAAAUACUUUUUAUUAGUGUAGGGCGGUUGGGAUUGUCAAUGGUCCAUGUCGGUCCAUGUUUUGAUAUAGCUGCCAUAUAAACCGAUCUUGGGUCUUGAUUUUUUGAGCCUCUAGACGGCGCAAUUCUUCGCCGAAUUGGUUGGUCUUGGAUAAAAUUUUCCAUGAGGUGUUUUAUUACGACUUUCAAUUACUGUGCCAAAUAUGUUUCAAAUUGGUCCAUAACCUAAAAUAGCUGCCACUUAAACCGAUCUGGGAUCUGGUUUUUUUCGAUUUUCUCCCACAGUGUGAAGACAGGAAGCAUGGAAAGAAUGGAGGAGGUUUCCGAACGGAUAUCAGAGACGAAUGGUGGCACUCUGGUAUUACCACCUGGAGGUUCAUGCUAUACCAGGGCUAGAGGACAGAAUUGACAUGGAAUGUACAUUGAGAACCCGAGACUGAGAUCUGUUUUCGACCGCCUGACCAUAGUACGGUUCUACAGGCAGAGAUCACGAUCAUGCUCUAUCCCGGAAUGCGUCAGGUGGUGUGGACAUCGAGCUUCCAUAUAAACAGUGCGACACCUCUUUGGGGAGAAGUUUUCUCACGGCAUAGUAUCUCACAAAUGUCGCCAGCAUUGGGAGGGAAUAACCAUCAUUGAAAAUUUGUCUGAUGUUCUCGCCAGGAUUCGAACUUAGGCGUUCUACGUCAUAGGAGGACAUGCUAACCUAUGCGCCAUGGUGGCUUCCAGCAGAAAUCUAGUACGUAGAGCAAAAUUGUGCCCCUUAUUUUGUGUACAUCUUAAGCAGAAUCCAGGAUUGUUGGUCCUCAAGAUUCUCAAGCCGGGCUUGAACUUAGCACGUUUUUAGUUGUUUUCUCUUUUUAUACCCUCCACCAUAGGAUGGGGGUAUACUAGUUUCAUCAUUCUGUUUGUAACACCCCAAAAUAUGCGUCUUAGACCCCAUAAAGUAUAUAUAUUCGUGAUCGUCAUGACAUUUUCAUAUCCGUCCGUCUGUCUGUCGAAAGCAUGGUAACUUUCGAAGGAGUAAAGCUAGUCGCUUGAAAUUUUGCACAAAUACUUUUUAUUAGUGAGGUCGGUUGGUAUUUUAAAUGGGCCAAAUCGGUCUAUGUUUUGAUAUAGCUGCCAUAUAAACCGAUCUGGGAACUUGACUUAUUGAGCUUCUAGAGGGCGCAAUUCUCAUCCGAUUUGGAAGAAAUUUUGAACAACGCCUUCUCUCAUGACCUUCAACAUUCGCGUCUAAUAUGGUCUGAAUCGAUCAAUAGCUUGAUACAUCUCCCAUAUAAAGCGAUAUCCCGAUUUUGCUUCUUGAAUUUAUAUCCGAAUGAACUGAAAUAUUCCACAAUGUCUUCUAUAAUGUUCAGCAUUCAAUUCAUUUAUGACCCGAAUCUGACUAUAACUUCAUAAAGCUCCAAUAGCAUAAUAGUUCUUAUUCAAUAUUUUUUGUUUGCCUAAAAAGAGAUACUGCGCAAACAACUCGACAAAUGCGAUCCAUGAUGGAGGGUAUAUAAGAUUCGGCCCGGCCGAACUUAGCACGCUCUUACUUGUUAAUACUCAAAGGCUCAGCUGGUUAUAUUUUCCUACUAGAAAUACUUGCUUCUUACUGGUCAAUAUGUUUGAGUUUGGUGACGUUCGGUUCGACUUACUUGGCACAAGAUGAUGUAAAGAAGAUUCCCUAAAACCCAAAACAAAGGAACUAUCUGCUAAAUGUAUUGUUCCUAAGGAUCCUAAUAAAGGAAAAAUUGAUAUUUAGAUUGUUGAAUGAUCAGUUAACUGCUAUUUAUUUGUAUCUCAUUUUAUAUAAAACAAAAAAAUAAUGUUAGAGCAUUUUGAAUUUUAUUUUUUUAUUUUUUUUUAACUAUUAUUUUAACUAAUGGUUUUUAAUGAAAAAGAAUGAUUAUGUCAUUAUAAAUGCACUUAAUAAUGCAUAUGAAAUGUCAUCAAAAUCAGACAAUGGGUUAAUACCAGACGUGAGGUUUAAACCAUCCAAAGGUUGUUUGUGCUAUUGCAGAAAGGCACUUCAUAAAUAAGCAAACUUUAAUAAAUAAUUUUUAAAACAUACUGUAAAUACACAAUUAAUGAAAAAAAAAAAAUACAACCAUAAAUAUGCAUAUAUCCAUAAUGCAUUGAAAAUUAUCAUUAGCAGUUACAACCCUAGUCGACAUAUGUCCCUUUUGUUUAUGCAUCUUCUCAAUUGAAUUGUGUAAACUAUGGAGCAACGAAACGGAAAGAAAAACUAUAAUGUUAUACUUUAUUAACCAAAUCCUAAACCAAUUUGUUUUAAUUGAAUAAAUAUAUCCAUGAUAUAUGAUUUGAAUAAAAGACGAAAAAACAACGCAAAACAAAGUAAAUACAAACAUGAGUUCUAUGAACCAACAAAUAUUUGCCGAACAAACAGCGAGUAGUGACUUUUUCUAACCGACCCAACAGAAACUGUGCAAACAAAUAAAAUUUGCAUUGCACUGUGUAAAUAACUAAUUUAUGAAAACAAAAGUAAAUAACUUUGUUUUUAUUACUAUUUUAAUUUUUUCUUAACAGCAGAUCCAAAUGAAAAGAGAAAUUCUGCCAUACUCAUACGUAAACAAAUAUGAGCUGGAAAAGCAACCAUAUAUUCAUACAUUAUAUGUGAAAUGUAAUUAUUUUUGUUUACUUAGAACAUAAGGUGUUGGUCGUUUCUUUUUUUUUUGUUUUCAAGAAAGAAACAUAUAUUUAAUGGGGUUUUAUUUAUUUCAUUUAUUUAUUUCCAAUUCUUAAGUAAUAUUUUGCCAGCUCAAUUAUUUAUUGAAAUUAAUUUAUUGUAUAUCCUUAUAUUAAUUUAUUUAUUCUGUAAUGAAUUGCAUUUAAGAAAUGUUAAUUGCCAGUUAAUUUAUUUUAUUUAUUGAUUAUAGCAUAAGACUUUGAAUUUUAUUUAUUUGAUGAGAGGUAGGUUACCUCCAAUACCCGAUUGCGAUGUAAAUCCAAUGUUGUGUGCCUAAUUACGAGUAUAUUUUACAGAAUAUUCUAUUUAUUUAUUUAUUUAUUUGCCCUUUGUCCUAAGUAAUUUAUUGAAACAAUUUUUGUAAUUAUUUAUUUAUUUAUUUUCAUUUACGAUAUUUAUGCCACAAAUGUUUUGUCUACACUUUAAAAUAGAAACGCCACUCAAUAAAAAAAAUGCAUUCUAAGGCCUUUCUAUAAUAAAGUGUACAAAGGAUGAUUAAGGUUUACAGCAUCACAUGAAUGAUUGCUCAUUACAUUUUAAACCUCAAUUGAUGAGUGCUAAUUUAUUUUUAGCUAAGCUAUUAAAAACUCAAUGGAAUAAACAUACAAAUAUUUAUUUAUUUAUUUAUUUAUUUAUG